AGCGCCGGUGGGCGGAGGUCGGGCUGUGCUGCGCCUGCUGCCCCGUCCACCCCGGGGUCCACCCUCUGACCAGAGCUGGCUUUCCCGGGAGGUCAGGCCGAGUAUCGGGCCUGCGUCCCCCGCGGGCGGCCCAGCUCCAGGGCUGGGUCCCGGGCUGCCUCUGCCCGCUUCCCGCUUCCUGGGGGCGGUGGCGGCCGCUGGACACCGGUGCGCGCGGCACAGCACCGCAGACCUUGCCUCUCCCGCUCUUCCAGACGCCGGGGUGGCGGGCCGACCCCUGGGCGGUCGGUGCAGACGACCGCCAUUCCCGUGUCGCUCCGCCCGCGGGGGCCGCCCGAGCCGGCCACCAUGCCGCUGGGCCUGAAGCCCACCUGCAGCGUGUGCAAGACCACGUCGUCCUCCAUGUGGAAGAAGAGUCCGCAGGGCGACAUCCUCUGUCACCACUGCACGGGCCGGGGCGGCGGCGCGGGGGCGGCGGGCGGGCCCGGGGUCGCCGGCGCCUUCGGCACGGCCACCCUCGCCAGCACUUCGGCCGGCCCUCCGCAGAGCAACGGGGGCGGGGGCGGUAAGCAGAGUAAGCAAGAAAUUCACAGAAGAUCUGCUCGGCUCAGAAAUACCAAAUACAAAUCUGCUCCAGCUGCUGAAAAGAAAGUUUCCACUAAAGGAAAAGGGAGAAGGCAUAUUUUUAAAUUAAAAAACCCUAUCAAAGCUCCUGAAUCUGUCUCAACCAUAAUUACUGCAGAAUCAAUCUUCUACAAGGGAGUAUAUUACCAGAUUGGUGAUGUUGUUUCUGUGAUUGACGAGCAGGAUGGAAAGGCAUACUAUGCUCAGAUCAGGGGUUUUGUUCAGGACCAGUACUGUGAAAAGAGUGCCGCACUGACAUGGCUCAUUCCUACGCUCGCUAGCCCCAGAGACCAGUUUGAUCCUGCGUCCUAUAUAAUAGGGCCAGAGGAAGAUCUUCCAAGGAAGAUGGAAUACCUGGAAUUUGUCUGCCAUGCACCUUCUGAGUAUUUCAAGUCAAGGUCAUCACCAUUUCCUACAGUUCCCACCAGACCAGAGAAGGGCUACAUAUGGACUCAUGUUGGACCUACUCCUGCAAUAGCUAUUAAGGAAACAGUUGCCAACCACUUAUAGCUACAAAAUCAAACCUGGGGCAUGUUUAGUUAGCAUGUAUGAGGCUUUGGGUUUAAUCCUCAGAACAUACAUACACACCCCAAAAUAAAAGCAGAUUUCCAUUUUUCUUAUGA